AUGACGCCCAAGGACGGUUGUGAUUCUGUAGAGGGCUUGCAAACCACUACUGGAAACAUGCUGGACUUCAACGUCUCCAAAUCAUUGCGUGAAAGCAAUGUCACCAAAAACUCCAGCUGUGGAUCUGUAUCAGUUGGUUUCCCUAUAACCAUGAUGAUCACUGGCAUGGUGGGCAACUCACUGGCUCUUAUUCUGGUGUAUAUCUCUUACAAAAAGAAGGAAAACAAAAGAAAAAAGUCUUUCUUGCUUUGCAUUGGAUCGCUUGCGCUAACCGACUUGUUUGGACAGCUUUUGACAAGUCCAAUAGUAAUUUCAGUUUACAGAGCUGAUUUGAAGUGGGAGCGUAUCGACUCAUCUGGCAAACUGUGCGCUUUUUUCGGUGUGUGCAUGACAACUUUUGGCCUGUGCUCUCUCUUCUUGGCCAGCGCUAUGGCAAUUGAAAGGGCUAUGGCGAUAACAAACCCCCACUGGUACUCCAAUCACAUGAAGACGAGUGUGACAAAGCAGACUCUGGCUGUCAUAUGGUGUCUUGUGUUGCUCUUUGCGCUGCUGCCCAUCGCAGGGGUCGGGGAGUACACGCGUCAGUGGCCGGGCACCUGGUGUUUUAUUACCACGGGGGACAGGGAAGUCCCGGGGAAUAUGUUCUUCGCCAUCACUUUCGCUGUACUUGGGAUUUUCUCUCUGCUUGUGACACUUUCCUGCAAUGUAGUGACGAUCCGGGGCUUAAUUAUCCGUUGUAAAACAAAGUCUGGCACGUCUCAGUCUUCGAAGCAGUGGGAACGACUCACCACGGAGACAGUCAUUCAGCUGUUAGGGAUUAUGUGCGUCCUGCUUAUAUGCUGGUCUCCUCUGCUGGUGCUGAUGCUGAGGAUGAUCUCUAACCAAGUGUCCUCCCACGAGUGCAAUUCAACAGUCGUGGCCUCCAAUCACACCUCUAACCGGGAUAUCCAGCUAGACUGUAACUUUUUCCUGACAGCGAUCCGCUUGGCCUCCCUCAAUCAGAUUCUUGACCCGUGGGUCUAUCUGCUCCUCAGGGAGAUCCUCCUCCGUAAGUUCUGCAUCAUGGCUAACGCAGUGUCCAAUUGCUCCAUAGACGAACAUAAGGAGACUCAGACAGCAUUGGAUGCUCUCAACAAGCAGAACCCAGACAGCAACAACCUUCAUAAACCACAAUGUAGCUAAGUCUGACAGGAAGUUUUUGUUGUGGCUUUGAGGCCAGGACAGAUCGGAUGGAUGCAAAAAUGGAUACACUAUCUUUUGGGAUGUGUAGUGAAAAAAAAAUUAGGAUGAGCGGCUUCAGUUCCUUGACAGAAGGAUAUUGUGCAUUUUCGCUCUGGGUGCAUUUGUUUACCUUAACACACAUUCCAUUCAAAGUCACCUAACCAGCAUGUGGAUGCAUGACCGUGUCACCUUGUGCAUUUGGCUGCAGCGUGGCUGCCAGGAACUCCCUCAUUGCUAGUUUGCAGUUUUGAUAACAACAUCUCCUGGGCCCAAGAACUGCAAAUGGGUGACUCUAAAUGGACUUAUAUGGAAGUGAUGCUCUUUUUAGUUUAUGAACUGAGUCAUUGUUUUUAACAACUUGAAGCCAUACGC